UUCGAGAAGUUCUACGGUAUAGAAUCGAUGUCAACGUAGUCGACUGAGAACACCCCAGAUCAUUCCAUAGCGCGCAACUUUCAGUAUAUAAACGUGACAGGAGCCGGGUUGUGCACUUGCGCUGAGCACUUGCAAUACAGUGAUACGUGGAUUUAAGGAACGCCUGCGCUAUUCGUGCAACACGAUGUCGUUGCUGCCACUGAUUUUUGGUGAAAUAGAGUAUCCGAGCCCGAGGAUUAGCCCUCGGUAUUCUCGUAACUUGCUCCUCGAUGCUCUCAGUCAGUUGGAAGCUGCACAGAAAGAAAUUGGCGCAGCCCAGUACUACGGAGAUGAUGGCUUAAAGGUGAAUCUCGAUGUGCAACAAUUCAGACCAGAUGAAGUUACUGUGAAGGUCGUUGACAAAUUUGUCGUCGUAGAAGCUAAACACGAGGAGAGACAGGACCAGCAUGGAUACAUUUCUCGUAGUUUCACUCGUCGUUAUUUAAUACCGGAAGACGCCGAUGCAGAUAAAAUAGCAUCGACAUUGUCUUCGGACGGCGUACUUAGCAUUGUUGCACCGAAGAAAAGGCCAUUGCCCAUGCCGGACGCCAAUGAGAGGAUAGUACCAAUAGUUAGAUCAUCUGCACCAGCGGUAAAACAAGUUUCGGAACCUUCGAAAGUUGAGCAGGAGGGAGCAGCUGCAACAGAGGAUACAUCAUCCAAGUAAAAGACAAACGAAAUUUAAGCGUCAGGAUUGUAGUAACAGCUUCCUUAAAAUAACGCUGUUGCGUGUUAAACUUAAGACUGAUACUAUUUUCCCUCUAGAAGUAUUAAUUUCAUGAAUUUUGUAAACAGUUAACAGUUAAGUUAUGUAUUCAGAUAAUAGUCAAAUGUGAUUCUGUGUAUUCUCAUUUACGUACACAACAUGGAGUUUUUCAUGUGUAUCUUGCUAGAGAUAAAUACUUGCCAUAGAACUUCACCUUUUCAAUAUGAAGUAUAACAUCGUUUGUAUUUUUUCCUAAACGUUUCAUUCCAUUAUAUUUGUAACUGCACUUCGUUUUUGUAGGAGAAUUACUGUAAUAAAGGAAAAUAAUAAAAGUUGUUCUUGAGUA